ACAGCGCCCAUUGUCGUUGUGUGUGUUGUUGUAUUGAUGUUGUUCGUUGUGGCGGCGGCGGCGGCUCGCCAAGCAUUGUGGCGGUGCAGACGUGACGUACGAAUGCAAAUCCGUUCCGUGAGGCAGCCUGGGCCGCGGGAGUGUCGUGGACGGAGGCGCUGGGCACGCGGCCCUCCCGCCUGCUGCUGGGGAGGGCGAGCCGAGGAGUGUACGGGCUCUGCGGGUGGUCGUGCGCUGUAGCGGCGUCCCGGGUGCCUCCUCAGCGGCAGCGUGGACACACGCGACGGUGGCGAGGAGGCGUGUGUUGUGCCUGAGAGCGCUCGGCCUUACCUGGUGUUCCUCAUUACAGGUGUUACUGUGUUGACGCUGCGCGUGUGUGAGGUGUGGAGCCAGUGUUGUGGUGGUGUCAGUGUGUACUGUGUUGGUGGGAACCGUGCCUCUGUCUCUGCGGGAACCGGUGCGCGUCAGUGAAAGAGGCACUCACUCCAUGGUGAGGCAGAAGUGAGGACAGUGGUGUUUACGAGGGCGUGUGGGCGCCGCUCGCUGCGGGCGGCCCUGACCAUAAUAUAACAAACAACAGCAGCAGCUGUGGGGCGGGGCAGGCCAUAGAUGAGCGGCGUCGCCCCGCCGAGCGGGGCAUGUGAACAAGCGGGAUGAUCCGCCGGCGCUGCAGGCUGGCGCGGGCGUGAUGCUAGAGCUGAUGGAGUCCUCGGGUGGUGGCGGAAAGGGCGGGCGGGUGCCGGCCCGAGUGAGCGGCUCGUCAACCCCGCCGUCCCGCGGCAGCCCGAGCCACAGCAGGGAGGGCAGCCCCCUGCUGCUGAAGCGGGCCCUCCACCCCCCCCUGGCCGGCCAGCUCUCCGCGCCCCCCGUCCAGCAGUACCAUGAGCGUCUUCACGCCUCCCUCAAGCGGUCCAACUCUCUCAAGCGUCUCCUUAAGCUGCCCAUCUUCGGCGGCCAGACAGGUGAGUGUGUCGGUGCCGCGCGCCGGGCCAGGCGGGAUCUGUACUCUCCCAUCGGUCCAUCGCUCCCCUCAGCCGUACAUGUCCCGGUGUUACCUGCUAUCUCGGCCUCAGUGGCCCAUGAGCCCGUGGUGGAUGCAAACUCGCCACCCCGGGACACAGGCUCACUGUGA